GAAACUUUAAUUAAUAUUGAUCAAAGAUCAUUUGAGAAGCAGCAAGCCGUGAGAGAAGAUUGAAAAUGCAUCGUGCAUAUCAACCAAUAACCCCUGCCAACAACAAAUUAUUGAAGAAGAGAUGGGACACUACACGUUUCCACUUUCAUAGGAAAAAGGUAGACCAAGCAGCUCCUGUCAUAGAUAACAAGCCUCCAAAGACAUACAUGCAUCUGCAUCUGAAAUUAAAAAAUUUGCAGAUAGAGGAAGAAAGACUAGCCGAAGUUGAACGAGACAACAGGAUUCUUCUUGAGAAAAUGUCAUAUAUUAUGAGAACACGGGGCAGUGUUGACAACAGGAAUUAUUAUCAGCAGAAAAGUCUAAACAAAACAAAAAGACAGAGAGAGCUUCUCAGACUAACACAUGAAAACCAGGCAAUUCUAAAGAGAAUAACUGCAAAAGAGCCCCAUUACAAUCAUGCUGAAUGGGAAGAAGAUUGGCAAAUAAAGCAGAGAUAUAUGGAUAAUAUAUCAAAAUAUCCAAAGUAUUGGCACAAGAAAGUGAAACAAGAACUAUCACCCAUUUCACCACGAACCAGCAGCAAGGCUAAACGUUCUAGUGCCACUACUCAGAAGAAGACUGAUGAGCAGGCAGCAGAGGCUGAAGAUAAAGUCAAAUCUGAUGAUGCUGGUCAAGAGAAUGGCUCUGAAGAUGCAAAGGAAGGUCAAAAUUCUAGUGAAACUCAGCAGGUGGAUGAAAAUGAAGCCAAAAGCGAGACUAAAGAGGAAGCAAACAAUGAAGAUGAUGAUGGAGAGAAAAAAGAUUCUGAAGAGGCUGCUAAGAAUGAUGCUGAUAAUGAAAAUGCUGAUGGAGAGGCAGAAGGAGAAGCAGAAGGAGAAGCAGAAGGUCAACAGAAAGUUGCUGAUACUGAAUAAAUUCAGAAUUUAGAUAUUAAGUCAUUACUGUAAAUAUAUAUGAACAAGUACCUUAAAACAUCUUUACAUAUUAUGCCAUUUUUAAUCUUUAGUUAAUUGUAUAAUCUUUUUACAAUUGAAAAUUAGUAUUAUGCUUACACUUUUGAUAGACUGCCAAGUAGCUUUGGUGCCUUUGAAUUUUAUAUUUAUUUGUGUGUAUCACUGUCAGACAGCUAAGUUAGUUCAUUAGCCUAUUUCCUCAAUAUUAAACUUUUUUGCCAUAUAAAUUGCGUUAUGCAGUAACAAUGAAAUAGUUAUCAGUA